GUCUUCCGUGCCCUCUGCACCCGUGAGAAGCUGCUGGCGGCCUUCGGGCCGCGCCCGGUGCGGCUCAGCACAGCCAACACCUACUCCUACCGCAAAGCCAGGCUGGGCAGCGACACCCUCUACUUCUUCGGGGACAACAACCUCACCGAGUGGGGGCCCCUCUUCCAGCAGUAUGUGCCUCCCCCCUUCCGCAUCCCAGGCACCAGCCCAGCCUACAGCUUCGGGGUUGCAGGCUCUGGCUCCGGAGUUCCCUUUCACUGGCAUGGCCCCGGUUACUCCGAGGUGAUCUUUGGCAGGAAGCGCUGGUUUCUGUACCCGCCGGAUAAAACACCCCACUUCCACCCCAAUGAGACGACGUUGGCCUGGCUCCACCACACGUACCCCACGCUGCUGCCGGCCGAGCGACCGCUGGAGUGCACCAUCCGUCCCGGGGAGGUCCUGUACUUCCCCGACCGCUGGUGGCACGCCACGCUCAACCUGGACACCAGCGUCUUCAUCUCCACCUUCCUGGGGUAG